AUGUCUGGUGGGCAACAUCAUCAAGCAGUUAGUAUUCCUGUGAAUCGUGAGCAACGGUCAUUUGAGAGGCAGAGACGUGACCUGUUAACUGGCCUGGAACACGGAGGUGGUACUCAUCGUGGCAACCUAAUCGCACCGUACACGGAAGACUGGCCGAGUACUGUGGACAGCUGGAUCAACUCCUCGUGGAGGAGAUGGGAUGAAGACAUGCGACGUUUGAGACGUGGAAUGUUCGCGCUAUUACCGUUGGACAACUUCACCCACGGUAUUUGGGAGAAUCCAUUCGCUUUAAUGCACCAAAUGGAUCGUCAUAUCCAGGAUAUCCGAGAGAGAAUGGGCUCAAUGGAUGUUCCGUCGACCGGUUCAGUGAGUGACUUUUUGAAGGACGCCUACGAAAUAGGUGAGGAUGGCAAGGUACAUUUCAAGGUACGAUUCGACGCACAAGGUUUCGCUCCUCAGGACAUCAAUGUGACGUCGAGUGAGAACCGUGUGACGGUACACGCGAAGAAGGAGACGACGACCGAUGGUGGGAAGUGUAGUCGGGAGUUCUGUCGUAUGGUGCAGCUGCCGAAGAGUAUUGAUGAUAGUCAACUGAAAUGUCGCAUGACAGAUGUAAGUUGUUGA